CCCACCGUAGCUUCCAGAUCUUUCUCCUCUCCAUCGCUCUGCCGCUUAAACAGCUGGGGCACCAAACUGAGCCAACACCUGCCAGAUAUUGCGUCAUCCUCACUCGCUCUGGUCUUCCAUUUCUUCACUGAAAUCACCUCUCGAUCCCCCCUUGGAAUACCUCUCGCUUCAACCCCGAGCCAACACAACACCGCCCUUUGAGAUGGGGAACCAUGACAAGGAAAUCCUCGAGGCUUCGGCCAAGCACCCCAUCGUGCCCCUCGAGAAGGGCAAAUUCUACACCUACGGCACCGCCGGCUUCCGCUUGAAGGCAGACCUUCUCGAGGGCAUCUCGUACCGCGUCGGUCUCCUUGCGUCGCUUCGGAGCCGGAAGCUCAACGGGCAGGCCAUCGGCGUAAUGAUCACCGCCAGCCACAACCCGGCCGCCGACAACGGCGUCAAGAUCGUCGACCCCCUAGGCGAUAUGCUUGAGCAGGAUUGGGAGCGCUACGCCACGGCCCUGGUCAACGCCCCAAGCGACGAACAGCUCGUCCAGGUUUACAACAGGCUGGCCACGGAUCUCAAGAUCGAUCUGAAGAGUCCUGCCAAGGUCAUCUACGGCCGCGACACUAGACCUUCGGGCCACAAGCUGGUCACGGCCCUCGCUGACGGUCUCGAAGCCACCAAGGCCGAGUCCGUCGACUACAAGAUCCUCACCACCCCCCAACUGCACUACCUCGUGCGGGCAACCAACAGCGAGGGCACGCCUUUAUCGUACGGGAAGGUCAGCGAGGUCGGAUAUUAUGAGAAACUAGCCGAGGCUUUCGUCCGCGCCCUGAAGGGCAGGAAGAUCAACGGGACGCUACAGGUGGACUGCGCCAACGGUGUUGGCGGGCCUAAGCUGACCGAGCUCCUCAAAUAUAUUCCCAAAGACAAGGUUAAUUUUGACGUCAAGGUCGUCAACGACGAUGUCCUCCGUCCCGAGGUUCUCAACUUUGAAUGCGGUGCCGAUUUCGUCAAGACGAAGCAAAGAGCUCCGCCCACCCCCAAGCCCCAGCCCGGCCUCAGGUCCUGCUCCCUGGAUGGUGACGCCGACAGGUUGAUCUAUUACUGGGUAGACCCCGAGAGCGGCUUCGUCAUGCUGGACGGCGACCGCAUCUCCUCCCUUGCCGCCUCCUUCAUUGGCGACCUUGUCGAGAGUGCCGGCCUGAAGGACGACCUGCGCAUCGGCGUCGUGCAGACCGCCUACGCCAACGGCGCCAGCACCAACUACAUCACCCAGCAUCUGAGGUUACCCGUGAUCUGCACUCCGACUGGCGUGAAGCAUCUCCACCAUGUGGCUCAGGGAUUUGACAUUGGGGUCUACUUCGAAGCCAAUGGCCACGGCACCGUCCUCUUCUCCCCAGACGCCCUCAACGCCUUCAAGAAGAAGGAGCCGCAAUCGCCCGCCCAGAAAGACGCACUCGACACGCUGGCUGCUCUGGGAGAUCUCAUCAACCAGACGGUUGGCGACGCCAUCUCGGACAUGCUCUUGGUCGAGGUGAUCCUCGCGCACAAGAACUGGUCGCUCCGUGACUGGGCCAUGACCUACAUUGACCUCCCCAACCGCCUGGUGCGGGUCGAGGUGGGCAAUAAGGAUCUGUUCCAGACGACCGAUGCCGAGCGACGUCUGCUGCAUCCGGAGGGCGCCCAGGACGAGAUAGACCAGGCAGUCAAGAAGUACAAGGACGCGCGCGCCUUUGCCCGAGCCAGCGGCACCGAGAACGCUUGCCGCGUCUAUGCCGAGGCGGCCACCCGUUCCGAGGCCAACGAGCUUGCCGAGCGCGUCGCUAGGAUCAUUGAGCGCUACGGGGCCCUUUAGGGUCGGGACCGAGCCGUUUCGUCUUCGGACCUGGAGCCUUCCACCCUCUCGGCUCUCCAUCUCGACACCAACGGCAGUGAUAAGGAGAGAAACAACAUCGUGGACGGCCCUGACCGCAACCGCAACCGCAACCGCAGCGUCUCGUUGUUCUCCGAGCCGCAGCCCCAGUCACAGUACGCGCACUCGCGGCUUGAUUCAUUCGGCAGGUAUAGCACGACGGAAACCUUUGUGUUCGAGAUGGAGGAGGAUAUCCAGGAGAGGAAGAGGUUGCGUAUUCCAGUUCCGAAGUAUGAUGCUUUCAGCAGCGGGGAGCCGUCACCUGAUCCUAGUCUGGUGCCGUCGAAGUCGUAUCUGGAGACCUGGCGUUCACGACCAAAAAUGGAAGCGCUAGAACUGAAGGAGACGGAGGAGAAUGGGAAUGGGGAGGGGGAGAGCAGCGAAGAAAAGCAGAAUAUCGCGGUUAAGAAAAUUAUGGAUGAUGCAUUGGGCAAUGUUACCGAAGAUGUCCAGGGGGGCCAAUAACCGGGACGAAACUAUCACUUCCCAGAACUCGCCGGCGGACAAGACCAGGGAUUGAAAAGUUGAACAGGCAGAUGCAGUCAGGGAAAAAGAAUAGCGCUUGACUUUUUCUUUCUUUUCCUUUU